AUGGUUUUGUUCUUUGAAUGGCACCAGAUAGCAGUGGAGCCGAAGAAUAGCCACAGCUGUGUGCCCAUGACUGGUGAAGACACUGGUUUGGAGCCUUUGGCCUUGCCACUGGCGGGGUAUUUGGGAAAAGUUCAGGAAAGAGCUGAAUCACUGGAGUAUUGUCCUUGGUGUACUUCAAAGGGCUUCAGUUACGCUCUGCGCUCUUAUCACAUCAACCUCCAGGAGUCCAUCACUCUUUGCACCAACCCACAGUGCCUUUUCCCUCUGGUCACCAGGCCCUUGGAGGAUGUUUUGUCUAGUUUGGUUCCCACUGUGGGCACUAAACGAAAAAAUACCUUGGAAUUAGAAAAAGACAUGAUUGGAACUCCAUUUAAACGUCUACGAUCAAGCAAAGUUGCCAGUCUCGAGUUGCAACAACAAUUAGAGCGUGGCUCUGUGAAUCUUCCUACAAAUGACCUCCAUCCAACACCAAAGGCUCAAAGUGAAAAUGUUGAUGGAAACCACAAGAAGUGUGUGGAUACAGAAACAGAAAGCUGGGGUACACUUCAAGACAAAGACGUUGCUCCUUCUACAGGCUCAGCCCCUUUUGAACACUCGUCAGACGUUUUGUUAAACGGUAAUGGAGUUGAGCCCUUUCGCUCUCUUCCCCUUGAUGUCAAUGGUACAUCUGAGAAUGGCUUUAAGGAAAAAGGUCUUCCUGUUUUGAAUGGAUCCAGCAGACAAGGUCCUAGUGAGGACUUUUCAACCAAUAUUGAAUUUCUGAUGACUCCGUGCGGUGAGCAGACGACAUCCACAGAAGAGAAAUCAGCGAUUGCAGCAUUCACUAGCCAUGGAGACGCAGAUGGAAUCAGUUCUGAGGAUUUGUCUUGUUUUUCACCGAGACCGUCGAAAGAGUUUGUACCCGUUCCAAAACAGCUGCUUUGGAAGAACAGUGACAACCUGUGUUGGCUGGAUUCACUGCUUGCUGCUUUGGUGAACUGUAAAACUUUAAGAAGAUGUAAACCUAAAGAUGAGCCUCCUCACUCGCCUGUGUGGCAGUUGAUAAAAGGAUAUGAAGACAUUUGUGCUGCCGUCCAGGUGCACCAACAAACUGGAGGAGAUGGUGUUGUAAGUGUGCCAAGUCAUGUGCUGCAAAAAGCUGAUGUUGAUCUGCAGAGUCUCAGGAUGUCAGUCUUCAAUCUGCUGCAGCCCAAACUGCACUGCAUUCUGGGUCAAAGGGAAACUCCAGUGUUUGCCAUGCCUCUGCUUCUCACAAUGGACUCCUGGGUGGAGCAUCUUUUCCAGUCCACCUUUCACUGGGAGUUCAAGUGCAGCGAAUGUGAAGUUGUCACAAAAGAAAGGGUUGUGAAACAAAACCCAUUUCAUAAUACCUUACCUUGAUGGUUUAUUGAACUAAACUUCUGCUUCAUGUUAUGUAGCGUACCUCCAGUGUUUGCUCUGCACUUUGUGGAGGGGCUUCCUGACUGUGAUGUCACUACGUUCACCUUCAACAUCCAGGGGAAGCGUUACUCUGUCACCACCGUCAUCCAGUACAACCAUCAACUCAAGCACUUUGUCACCUGGAUUUGUAACGACGGUGCUUGGCUGGAAUAUGACGACUUAAAUCAUACGGACUUUAAAACCCAUCAGGAGCUGCAGAUCCCUGCUCAUGAGAUGCAUGUGGUCUUCUGGGAGGUAGAGGAGGAUGCAGACCCCCCUGCCGGUUCUCCACUGAACACAUUCGCUGAACAGCCUGCACCUGAGAAGGAAAGAACCCCAAGUUUACAUAUUCGAAGAGCCGAUGAGUCAUUGGAUCGGCCUCAAGAUCAGUCUCUUCCUACGCUUCACAAUGACCCCAACACUGUAGGUGCGCUCACAGAAGAUCUGAUGGACGCUGCAGCUCCAGCUGACACCUCAAUAGGGUCUACAACUCUGCUCGACGCUUUUGAAGGUCUUAGCCACAACGACGUCAUCACUCUCACUCUAGUGGCAGUCGAUCCAGCUGAUUCAGGAGCGCAGCUCUUAAACGACAAACAGCCAACACAAGACGCAAGUGCUCCUACGAGCAAUGAAAGGCCGGAGCCUUCACCAGACAGCUCCCUCCCUGCAGCAGGUGGCGACGUGUGUCAUCUCGCCGACGUCGAGCCUCCUGAGUCAGUCGACAGCUCGUCCACCGAUGCAGCGUCAACGCCUGCUGCCAAAAGAGGACGACGGAGAGGAACGAGACAAAAGAAAACCAUCAGCAAGCAGAGAGGUAAAAAGGCGGCGAUGUCAGAAGAAGCUCCCCAAACCUCACCGCCCGCCCCCUCAGAGCUCCCCAUCGCACUCAGUCAGGAAACCACUGGUUCUGCUGCUCAGGACAACACAUUGUCCAGUGAAGUUGCACAGCAAGCAUCCCCCACGGCUUCAACUGACACCUCACCUCUGUCCACUAGCCAGAAAAGUCCUCCCUUAGAUUAUAACGCUCGCUGGUCCUUCCUGCUGAGCAAGCACCCUCUAAAUAAGUCCACAUCCAACCCCACACCCACACAGAGAACCUCUUCAGGCAUUGAAGUGAAGUCCUUCCAACCGAUCCACUCUACUCCCAAUCUCACAAAGAUACAAAUGAUUCCUUCAGAACUUCCUAAACCUCAGCUCAUCACAACGGACAUUAGGGGUCUCCCACCAAAAGCUGCAGAAAUGUACGGUGGCUUUGGCACAAAGAGCUCCGCCAACCUCAGUCCGCUACCAUCCCCUCCCCUGUCCAACGGUAAUGCAAAACUGUCUCAAACUAUCCCUGCAAAGCACCUAGCACCCCCCCUGGUGAUGCCCAUAAAUAAACACAGUUACUCCUCCAAGGUUCCUCCAGGUCUCAGUGAAACUGAAGCCCUCAGAUACAAACUAAUCAAGAAGCUGAAAGCGAAGAAAAAGAAGCUCGCGAAGCUGAACCAGCUGUUGGGUAACCAGGAUCGCCUCCAACCGGACAGCACUGCGCUGAACUCCCCCAGCACCGUUGCCUCCAGUAUCUACGACAGCUCGGGGGGCAAUGACUUCCUGUCGGAUCUGCUGUCGCCAGCAACGACAGCCAGCAACCUUUCACCAGACAGCACCGGCUUCUUAGAGAUGCUGGUCGGUGGACAGGAGGGGGCGAACAACGUGCAUGCUGUCAGUGCAGCAGGUGCAGCGUCGCAGACUCACUAUAGGACAAAUGUGCCAGAAAGUGAAAACUUCCUGGAUGACUUCCUUAUUCAGUGCGGCUUUGAGGCCAACUGACAGAAAUCAAAGCUCUGGGUGUGGUCGAACUUUUUCUGUUUAACCUGUGGUGCUAGAUAUCAUCAGCAAGCACCAAUAAACCUUAAGGAAACAUACACAUCUCAUCUGUAUGUCUCAUGGUACAUAUACGUUGAUGUUCGGAAAGAACGUUGAAGUUUGUUAUAAGUGGUAUAAUGGAAAUGUGUUUUUUUAAUUUUUCCAUGAUAUUGCACUUUAUUACUGUAAUA